UCCCUAUGGUUUUUUUAUAUCAGUAACAGAAGCAACCCAAAGCAUGAAGCUCGAAAAAAAAUGGCGCCAGUGACAGCGAGAAGCGCAGGCGCUGGUAUCGGAACCGUAAUCUUCUUCUCUCUCGCCGUCGCAUAUUUCUUCUGCGACCGUCGAAGCAAUUCAUCAAAGAACAAGAAGAAGAAGAAGAAGAAGAAGAAAUCAAAGAAUGGAAUCAUUGACGCCAUUGGUAACACUCCUUUGAUUCGAAUCAAUAGUCUCUCUGAUGCCACUGGUUGCGAAAUUCUUGGAAAGUGUGAGUUUUUGAAUCCUGGAGGGAGUGUUAAAGAUCGUGUUGCAGUUCAAAUUAUUGAAGAGGCUUUGGAAUCUGGACAGCUACGUCCAGGUGGAAUAGUUACUGAAGGGAGUGCCGGAAGCACAGCCAUUAGCAUUGCUACUGUUGCUCCUGCUUACGGAUGCAAAUGUCAUGUGGUUAUUCCAGACGAUGCUGCCAUUGAGAAGUCUCAAAUAAUUGAAGCCCUUGGGGCAACUGUUGAAAGAGUACGGCCGGUGUCAAUCACUCACAAAGACCAUUUCGUCAAUAUUGCAAGAAGACGGGCAUCUGAAGCAAAUGAGUUUGCAUUAAAGCAUAAAAAAUCACAACCUAAUGGCACAGACGCGCAGCAAAUAAAUGGUUAUAAAUCUGACGAAGACAACCAUAACUCACUCUUUCCCAAUGAUUGUCAAGGAGGCUUCUUUGCUGAUCAGUUUGAAAACCUAGCAAACCUUAGGGCCCAUUACGAGGGUACAGGACCUGAGAUUUGGGAACAGACAGAAGGAAAAUUAGAUGCAUUUGUUGCAGCAGCAGGCACUGGUGGUACUGUUGCCGGUGUUUCCAAGUUUCUUCAGGAAAAGAAUCCAAACAUCAAGUGUUACCUCAUAGAUCCUCCUGGUUCUGGCUUGUUUAAUAAGGUAACGAGGGGGGUAAUGUACACCAAAGAGGAGGCAGAAGGACGAAGACUUAAGAAUCCGUUUGACACUAUAACAGAAGGAAUUGGAAUUAACAGGGUAACAAGGAAUUUUGCAGAGGCAAAACUUGAUGGAGCAUUUAGAGGUACAGAUAUGGAGGCUGUUGAAAUGGCAAGGUUUCUUGUGAAGAACGACGGGCUCUUCCUUGGGAGUUCUUCUGCAAUGAACUGUGUUGGAGCAGUUAAAGUAGCGCAAUCAAUUGGCCCUGGUCACACAAUUGUAACCAUUCUUUGCGACAGCGGAAUGAGACAUUUGAGCAAGUUUUGUAAUGCUGAAUACUUGUCUCGGCUUGGUUUGACACCGAAAGCAACUGGAUUAGAGUUCUUGGGUAUCAAAUGAGUAUGUUCCUUUGCAGAUUGCCAAUAGCUCCUAUUUCAUCACCCAAGUUUUAAUGGUUGCCUCAGAUAAUGCGCACAGCUUUUUUUUUCAUCAACUGAGAGUUACAUUUGAGUGGACAAAGCCUUAGGAUGUUCAUGCAAGAAGCCAACAAAUCCAGCAUGUUUAUGGUUUAAAACAUUAUUGGGGGUAUUAUUUGGUCAUUCAUGGUUAGAUUCUACUACUUAUUUAAUUAGUGAAGGACGGCCUAUUUAUUUGUUAAUAGUUUUGCUCAAAUUAUUUCAGUAGGGAGAGGAAGUAGAUUAGAGUUGAGGAGUUUGUGUGAACAAAUGAAAGGACAUAGCAUUUAAAGACGCGACUCAUUUAGUUUUUUGAUAUCAAUAUUCAAUACUGUUAUGCUGUUUUUAUAAAUAGAAAUUGGUUCAUCUUAUGGCAAUAGAUUAGAAGUUUAUAUCAACUCAUUAGAUUUUAUCAAUUAAUGUCAAAAUAUACAAACUGAAGCAACCUUAGCAUACUUUCGGUUAGAUACUCCCCUGAAACACAAUAUUUGACAAAGCUUGAAAUAAAACUCGCAUGCAAAUUCACAUAUAGGUAAUCUCCGCUCUUCAAGAGUUCUCUAGCUUGUGCAACCAUAUAAAGAAUUCCCUCCCAAAAUAACGUAAAUGCUUAUAAAGGUAUGUUUGAUUGCGAUCACCGCCACUUUUUGUAAUUAACAUCUUGAUUAUCCUGAGUUCUACGCAUUUGUAUGAGCCAUGUCAAGUGUGUAAGAUGCAAGGCUAACAAGGUCUCUUGGACCAAGCUUUAAUUUGAGUAGGUUUGAACAAAAUUGGGAUUCCGCUUUCAAAUGGUCCCCUUGGAUUAGUCGGUCCUAGGGCCGGAUACCAAGUUUUCAAAAAAAAAAA